AAAAUGUCUAAACAUAAUUAUACAAAUCCGGCUUUUUGCCAGAACAGUGAAUUUUAUCCCGUGCCCUCUGCCAACAAAGAAAAUGUAGAGUCAAUUUAUAAUCGUAGUUUACAAAUGAAUUUUAAUUCGAAUACAACGCGUUAUGAUCCGCGCGAAGGUCCAUUGCGCAUGCAACGAAGCAUGUCCACGCGUUCGGUGGCCAUUAAAAAGUCGAUGGUCGAAACUACACCAGCUGUACACCAACACCGUCUGCAACAACAGCAGCAACUGCAGGAAAAGCAGCACUCACAGUAUAUACAGCAACAACCAGCGCGUUCUAUUAGGCCUCAAAGUGCAAAUCAUUUAAAUGAAACCUUUGAAAAUAGAUCGGGUUCGGGACGUUAUGCUUUAGUGCCCGUAGAAGAGUUGCCCUCCAAUCAAAACAAUCGCUAUGCUAUAGUACCGGGACCACCUAUGCCCACUAUAAAUAAUCGUAACUCUCCCACACCCUUAGUGGCUACCAGACGUUAUGCCAAAUCACAAGAUGAUUUAGAUCGUUAUUCUUCGCAAGUACAAUUGGAACCAGAAGAACCGCAUUCUUUUCAUGAAGAUCCCUCGGCAGCGCCUUAUGCCAGCCUACCUCCCAUUUUGGAUCAGCCCCGACUACCACCCAAACGCAAGACAUCUUUGCAAAAUCGCCAAUCCUCAGCGCAGAAUUUGCAGCAGCCCAAAAUUAAACAUGCCUUUUCCAGUGAUUUUGGCAGCAAAACUUUUCUGGUGGUAGACAAAAACUCCAAUCAAAGAUAUCAAAUGGUGCCCACGGCUGAGGAUGAAGAAUUGGUGGAUGAUAAUCAUGAAAUAAUACAACUGCACAAUGGCAAAGCCCAUCGUUAUGCCAUGAUACCGGCCGAGGAUGAGGAGGAUUAUAUACAACACCAUGAGGAAGAAGAAACCUGUCUUAGCAAUACCGAUUUGAAUCGCAGUGAGAAUUUCCUGCCACGCGGCUAUGAACACUCCCGUACUCCCAUGCGCACCUCUACACCACAAAAAGGUGUAUCCAUGGCUAAUUUAUCCUCUUAUCCCAAUACCCCGCUAAAAAAUCCCCAAGCCACAAAAAUGUUACACGAGCUACUCUCCACACCACCACGUAAAACCCCCGUUAAGCCACAGAGCCGUUCUCAACAUACCACACCCCGUCAGAUGUAUGCCUCUCAAAGGGAUUUGAGAAUGCACUACAAUCAUCAAUUACAAAAUGCUACACAAUCUGCCCCUCCUCCACCACCACCCAUAAUGCCGCGUAAAAAUUCACAACUAUCCCCGCAAAGACUGCACUAUGAGACUGUACAAACGGUAAUGCCCUUGCAAAACGAUCGUUCUAUGGCUGUUAUACAGCCAAGAUUAGCGGGCGCUCGUAUGCAUCCUCAGUUGGAGGAGGAAGAUGAGGACUGCAGUAGUAUACAGCAAAAGUCACACAACAAUAAUUCAUAUCCCCAGAAAAUAGCCAGUGCUACCAUAACUUUGGCCAUAGUAUCGCUAAUGUUGGUGCUGGGAAGUUCUAUGAAUUCGGCACUGAUCGUGUAUAUGAUUGCUCAUAUGGGCAAAUCAUUUUAUCUACAAUUCAGUUUAGUGGCUGCCAUCAGUGGUGUCGGUUUGGGUUUCUUAGGUUUUCGAUCGCGCCACUGUGAAUGGUUACCCAAUAGAAGCUAUACCUCUGGUUACAUUUUGGUAACCAUGUUUUGUUUGUUAAAAUGCUGUGGUCUCCUAGUAAUCCUAGUGCUAGAUCCCUAUCCCGGUUUACCUUUACAUGAUGUCACCACUGGCAUUAUCUUGGGUCUAUCAACAUUCACCAUGUUUUUCAUUGGCCUGGGUGUAAUUGGCACUUUGUGGUGCUAUCGUCCACCACCAGAUAAUCGUGUUGAUGUAGUGUAAUUUAGUUGUAUCGUAAUAACUAGUAAUUAUUUAGAU